ACGACCGCCAGGCGCCAGCAGCCAUCGCAUCCGAAUCCCAAGCUUUCUCCCCUCCGUGCAGGUGCAGGUGCAGCAGCCAGCGCGCGCGUCUCUACAGGAAACAGAGAGCAUCCGAGUCCCCAAGCUCGCAGCUUUGCCAGCAAAGCAAGAAGACAGUUGCGGCAUGGAGCUGGAGCUUGGGCUGGCGCCGCCGAGCGCGCGCCGUCCCACCCCCAUGACGAUCGACCAGCAGCAGCAGCAGCAACGCCACCUCGCCGAGGACGAGCUGAGCAGCACCUCGUCGGACCACCACCCUUGCGCUGCGCGCUCCGGGAAGAGAGGGUUCGCGGAAGCGUUCCAGGAGACGGCGGCCGCGGCGACGACGACGACGCUGCCGCUCUUCGACGACGGCUCGUCGUGCGGCGGGAGAAGCGGCGGCGGAAAGAGGCCGCUGGUCGGGUGGCCGCCCUUGAGCUCCGCGCGCAGCAGGGCGUGCGGCGGCGGCGCCGCCAAGUACGUGAAGGUGAAGAAGGAAGGCGACGCCAUCGGCAGGAAAGUGGACCUGUCGCUCCACGCCUCCUACGACGAGCUCCUCGCCACGCUCGCCCGCAUGUUCCCGACCAACAACGGCAGCCAAGACGACAAGGAAAUCAGCAGCAAGUCCACCGCCGCCGCCACCACCACCACCAGCCAUAGGGACGUGGUGGUCACCUACGAGGACGGAGAGGGGGACUGGAUGCUGCUCGGAGAUGUGCCGUGGGAUGAUUUUGCAAGGUCCGUCAAACGGCUCAAGCUACUGGGAUGAUUGGAGUACUGAUACUACAUGUUCUUAAUUGGAGUAUAAGCUUCUUUUUUGCUGAUGUUUUUUAAGAGCACUUGGUGUUAAGAAUCAAGGCAAUAGUUUGGUGGUGUACCUGGGCCGGGUUACCUCUUGUGACAAUACUUAUACGAACAGGUUUUCUGGUC